UCACGGCCGCUUCCGCGCCGCGCUCGGGGCUCGGCUCGUUGCCGGGACGACGGAGGGCUCCCCCCGCCUCUUCCGGCCUCGCAUGGCGCCUCUGUUCCGGCGCGGGGAGGACUAUGGGGACAAUACAUCUGUUCCGCAAAUCACAGAGAUCGUUGGUCGGAAAGUUAACGCAUGAAUUUAGGCUGGUUGCGGCAGAUAGAAGGUCCUGGAAGAUCUUGCUGUUUGGUGCUAUAAAUUUAAUAUGUAUUGGCUUCCUGCUAAUGUGGUGCAGCUCUACGAACAGCAUCGCUUUAACUGCUUACACAUAUUUGACAAUCUUUGAUCUUUUCAGUUUGAUAACAUGUCUAAUAAGCUAUUGGGUAAUGAUGAAGAAGCCCAGUCCAGUCUAUUCAUUUGGGUUUGAGAGGUUUGAAGUUCUAGCUGUAUUUGCUUCUACGGUUCUAGCACAACUUGGUGCUCUUUUUAUACUGAAAGAAAGUGCAGAGCGGUUUCUGGAACAGCCUGAGAUACACACGGGGCGACUGCUGGUUGGUACUUUCGUGGCUCUCUUUUUCAACUUACUUACAAUGCUUUCCAUUAGGAAUAAGCCUUUUGCUUAUGUCUCUGAAGCUGCCAGCACGAGUUGGCUUCAGGAGCAUGUUGCAGAUCUCAGUAGAAGUAUUUGUGGAAUCAUCCCAGGAUUGAGCAGCAUCUUUCUGCCACGAAUGAACCCAUUUGUCUUGAUUGAUAUUGCUGGAGCUUUAGCUCUUUGCAUUACGUAUAUGCUAAUUGAAAUCAACAAUUACUAUGCUGUAGACACAGCCUCAGCUAUAGCAAUUGCUUUGAUGACUUUUGGUACCAUGUAUCCCAUGAGUGUCUACAGUGGGAAAGUACUACUCCAGACAACCCCACCUCAUGUGUUUGGCCAGUUAGAUAAACUUCUUAGAGAGGUUUCAACCUUGGAUGGUGUCUUGGAAGUUCGAAAUGAGCAUUUCUGGACGUUAGGUUUUGGCAAUUUGGCUGGAUCAGUACAUGUCCGAAUUCGGAGAGAUGCAAAUGAACAAAUGGUACUUGCCCAUGUCACUAACCGGUUAUACGCAUUGGUCUCUACCUUGACUGUUCAGAUUUUCAAAGAUGACUGGAUCAGACCUACCUUAUCAUCUGUGCCUAUUGCAAACAAUAUGCUGAACCUUUCAGAUCAUCAUAUUAUUUCAAUGCCAUCUUUGAAAGCUGCUGACAACUUGAACCCUAUUACAUCUACUCCAGCUAAGCCCAGCAGCCCACCUCCAGAAUUUUCUUUCAAUACGCCAGGCAAAAAUGUGAAUCCAGUUAUCCUUUUAAACACUCAGACGAGGCCCUAUGGACUGGGCCUUAAUCACGGAUCCACACCCUACAGCAGCGUACUCAAUCAAGGAUUUGGAAUACCAGGAAUGGGAGCACAGCAAGGAUUCAGAACUGGUUUUACAAAUGUCCCAAGCAGAUAUGGAACAAACACUCGUGGUCAACCCCGACCAUAAUAAACACCAUUAUUUAUUAUACUUAAGGGUAUUGACUUAAUUCUUUUAUUACCCAAUUUUUAUAAGCAUUUGGAAUGUCAGAACAUUCUAAAUGGCUGGGAACAAGUGCAUUGUUCAUAUUCAUGAAACGGUUAAAUUGUUUGUUUUUUUCCUUUGCAUCAGCAAUAGCCUGUGUAAUGCCACAAAUGUUUUCCAGACUUACAAUACUUUACAGGUAGCUUUUAUAGCGUGACUACUUUUAUUCAGCUUUUAACUCACUUUCCUUUUUUUCCCAAGAAAGUAUUAAGAUAUAACAGCUCUGUAAGAGAGUAAAAUUGUGACCAGGUAACGUUUUUUCUAAUGAGAACUGCUUACUGGAUGUUGAAUGACAGAGAGUAAGAAAUUGCAGAAGUGCAAUACACAGUUUUUAAGGAUGUUUUGAUUGCUGUAUUAAGUCUUCUUUUGGCAAAGUCACAAUUACUUUUUUCCAGGGCUGCAAAAAUUGAUCAAUAUUCAUAUUGUGACCAUUAUGAAGACAAUCUGGUACUUCAGAUUCUAAUUAACUUUAUGAGACAAUGUUUUUACAUUUUUUGUUGAUGCCUUUCUGGAAAUUCCGGUGGUUCAGCAACCAUUUCCUAGUUGUAAAUAUUCCAUAUUCAUCUCUGAUAUUUCUUUUUGAUCUAAUUGCAAAAUUACUUAGCAAUAUAUACUGGGAAAUAAAGGAUUUCAAACUUAAGAUUUUACAAGCACCUCUUUUUUACAAGUAACCCUACUUAAGAUACAGAACAGAUAUCUGUUUUGUUUCUGAAGCCAGUAUUUCAUUUUUCAGUAUGGAAAGUAUUCUUCAAUUUGAUUGUGACUUUGUAUUUUUCCUCUUUGUAUUUUUCCUGUAGUUUCAGGAGAAAAAAAAAUUACCGACUUACAUGCCUGGUUUAUAUCCAGCGUACUGUCAGUGAUUGCUGACAGUUCCUACUGUCAGUGCUAGAGUGCUCAACCUUUGGGGCACCCUGUGGAUAAGACUCCCUAACUUGUGUCUGCCUUUGCAUUAUUGUUCUGGUGUGCAUCAAGAAGGCCAUGUUUCUUCACGGCCUUUCUCAAAGAGCCCUUAGCUCUUGUUGCUUUUUCUUCACUCCUCCAAUGGUAACAGAGAAAAGGCCUUUUAGAAAUAAUUAAUGUUUUUUCUGUGCUCCCCUGCAAUACGUAUCUUUUAAUUCCCUAGUCAGUUCCAUCUCUGCACUUUCUUCUGCAUCUCUUGGCUGUGCAGGAAUGGGUUGCCCAUUCUGAUUGUUUCACUUGCAACUCAGGGUGCUCUAUAUUGGCUUCCACCGUGUUGAUGUAUAUAUGAAGUCCCUCCAUUUGUCCGAGCUAGAGAGCUGCAUUAUCUCAGGGACUCUCUGUGUAUUAAUGUUACCUGAAGAUAAUGGGUUUAAUAGAGAUUUUUUUUUGUCCUGUAAUGGUGAGAUGAGAAGAAGCAGCCUUCAUUUAAAUUUUCAACAUCUGUAGCCUCUUCAUGUUGGCUGAGGAUUUUUUUUUUCUUUUUUUCCCUCAUCCGCUGCCUGUGUUACUUGCUGACACAUGGAGAAGGUUGUCACAAUUGCAGGCUAAAUGAAGGUGACGUUCUGCAUGAUGGUACCUUGCUGGGAUUUUGGAGGCUGAGGUAGUGUCCGGACUGCCACUGGUAUACAGUACAUGGAAGUUACAAGUAGGGAAUCUAGUGCUGUACUUCACUGGCAGCAACAAUAAUAGUUUCACUGCUGUGUUAGAGUAUGUAAGACCUGGAAAACUUCCACUGAAAAAUUGCAGUGAUUUGAGGUCAGCGUUAGCUCAGUAACCACCUUUGUUUCAUUGCUCUGUCUUUGUGUAGCCUCUUGGAUGUGCCAUUGCUGUGUGGAAAUUCCCUGAAGUACAGAACAUUUGAACACUUUCUGUGUAUCUCGUGGGUGCUGAACUAGGCUGCACUCUGCAACAUCUGCAACACCUUAGAGCCAGCAGAAUGUUUACAGUUACUACUCUCAUGUGGCCUCUUUGAGAAUUGUUCCUUACUCCAGUUUCAUAACCAAACACUUUCCCUUUUUGUGAUAUUUCAAAUAUAUUGUAUUAUAUUGAUUGCAUGCCUACUUGUUUUUAAUAGAAAAUUAAAGCUUCAUUUUAUUAAAAAAAUAUAUAUAUAAAAAAUGAAGCUGAUCUUUGAUUUAAAAUGCGAAGGGAGAACAGAAUUCCAGAAUUCUGAGUGCAAUAUGAUCACUUUUACAAAAUUAUUUUUGGAGUGAUUGUUUACUAUAUAUAUAUAUGUAUCAUAUGUGCAGAUGAUAAAGGUUCUUUUAGAGAUUAGAACAGCUUUUUAGCUGCUUUAUUGUAAUGAAUAUAUUCAGAAUAUUUGUUAAAUCAGCACAGAGUAAAAUGUCUCCUUUUAUAUGAGGAAAAUAAAAUCAGUGUCAUCCUUGAA